UCCUCUACACAGGUUGUCAUAAAUCUCCCCCAUAGUUAUUAAAAUAGUUCCUGGUUCACACAUCUCACCUAGGAAGACUCACCAUUCAGGACUGUGGGGAAGCUGGGUGAACACUGUGCAGUGGCGGUGGCAAAGCUGCCUGUCCCUCAGUUAAAGAAGUAAGAAUUAAAGAAGUAAUGAGAAUGUUUUCAAAUGAAACAGCAGAGGGCGACACACGUGCUUAUAUUUACGACAGAAAGGGAAAUGCUAAGUGACUAAUUGACACUUUUUUGUUACAAGUACAACAGGCGGUCAUGCUUAGAGCUGGCCGCUAGGGGCGGUGUUGGACACGCAGUUUCGGUAUAAGGCUUCCUGGUUGUGCUCACACAGCAGGACUGUGAUCAGUGUGCACUGUGCUGCUUACUGCACUGGAUCCCUGUGCCAGGGCUGGGUGACUGCACUGCUUAGGAAGGCACAGAAGAGGACUGCACCUACACAAUCCAAGUGCCAGCCCAGGGAGGGGUGAGAGGGAAGAGAAACUUUCUUUUUUCCUGUCCAGCUUGUUAGUCUGGGGCUCCCAGGCUGUGUUCAGAUACUGCAUGCUGGCUGCAUAGUACCUGCAUAGUACCUGCCUGCAGGUGCCUCUCAGCUGGGGGCUCUGGCAUGGACAGGGGGAGGUUUGCAGCAGCUACUACACCCUGACAGCAGCUUACACCCACCCAAAAGAGGCUGAUCUCCUUCACCUGUCCCAGAAGGGUCACCAACCAGGUCUAUGGCUGGGACCAUGAGGUUCAAUGGUAAUUUAAAACUGAAGAUAGGUGAAGCAGUGGGUCUACAGCCCACCAGGUGGUCUUUACGGCAUUCGGUCUUCAAGAAAGGUUCUUCUCUACUGGACCCCUACAUCACCAUCAACGUGGAUGAGUGCACCAUUGGGAAGACCACCAUCAAGCACAGGACUAAUAAGCCCACCUACAAUGAAGAGUUCUGCGUUACUAUAUGUGAGGGGAGCAAGAUGGAGUUGGCCAUCUUCCACGACACCCCUAUCGGGUAUGAUGACUUUGUGGCCAAUUGCAACCUCAGUUUCCAGGAGCUUUUCAGAAACUGUGGACCCACAGACUCCUUUGAAGGCUGGGUUGACUUGGAGCCUGAAGGCAAAGUGUACGUUUCAAUAACGCUUAUAGGAAGCUUCACAGAAGGAACAAUGCGAGAUGGUCGGCUACUCAGGCACUUUACUAGGAAACGACAGAGAGCUAUGAGAAGAAGAGUGCACCAGGUGAAUGGACACAAGUUUAUGGCGACUUAUCUGCGACAACCCACGUACUGCUCACAUUGUAAAGAUUUUAUUUGGGGCGUGUUUGGCAAGCAAGGAUACCAGUGUCAAGUUUGCACAUGUGUGGUUCACAAGCGCUGCCACCAGUUGAUAGUCACAUCUUGCACUUGCAUGAACAAUCCAACUAAAGUGGAAAAAAAGAUCUUUGAACAGAGAUUCGGGAUCAACUUACCUCACAAAUUUCGUGACCACAAUUACAAGGUGCCGACGUUCUGCGACCAUUGUGGGUCCUUGUUAUGGGGGCUGAUGAGGCAAGGACUACAGUGUAAAAUGUGCAAAAUGAAUGUGCACAAGCGGUGCGAGUCCAAUGUGGCUCAUAACUGUGGAGUCAAUUCAGUGGAGUUGGCAAAUGCAUUGGCAGGAAUGGGUCUCCAGCCCGGGAACAUCGCUGUCACACGGCAUUCAGACAACAGUCCUGCCAGAUCAGAAAACGGGUCUGAAGAAGAUUCUCUUUCCAACACCUCCUCGCAGUAUAAAUUUGGAAUAGAAGAUUUCACCUUCAUACGUGUUUUAGGCAAAGGCAGCUUUGGAAAGGUGAUGCUUGCCAAAUCCAGAGAUGGAGAUAACCUCUUUGCAGUGAAGGUGCUAAAGAAGGAUGUGAUUCUUCAGGAUGAUGACGUGGAGUGUACGAUGACUGAGAAGCGUAUCCUGGCCCUGGCUUGUAACCACCCGUUCCUGACACAGCUCUUCUGCUGCUUCCAGACGCCGGGCCGACUGUUUUUUGUGAUGGAGUUUGUCAAUGGGGGGGACUUGAUGUUCCACAUACAGAAAUCUCGGCGGUUCGACGAAGCCAGGGCUUGUUUCUACAGUGCCGAAAUCACAUCAGCCCUCAUGUUCCUUCAUGAGAAAGGAGUGCUUUACAGGGAUCUAAAGUUGGACAACGUUCUGCUGGAUCAUGAAGGUCAUUGCAAGUUGGCGGAUUUUGGGAUGUGUAAAGAAGGGAUUUGUGAAGGAUACACAACGUCAACAUUCUGCGGGACUCCUGACUACAUUGCACCAGAGAUAUUACAGGAGAUGCAAUAUGGGCCCUUGGUGGACUGGUGGGCCAUGGGAGUUCUUCUGUAUGAGAUGCUCUGUGGUCAUGCUCCCUUUGAGGCAGAGAAUGAAGAUGAUCUCUUUGAAGCUAUUUUGAAUGAUGAAGUCAUCUAUCCAGCGUGGCUCUCCCAAGAUGCGGUGGGAAUUCUGCAAGCUUUCAUGAAGAAGAAGCCCAGUAAGAGGCUAGGGAGCUUGGCACUGGGAGGAGAGAAAGCCAUCCUAUGGCAUCCGUUCUUUAAAGAUAUUAACUGGGAUCAACUGAACAAAAAGGAAAUUGAACCUCCAUUCAGACCUAGGAUUAAAUCCAGAGAGGAUGUGAGCAACUUUGACCCUGAGUUCAUUAAGGAGGAAGCUAUAUUAACCCCUAUUGACGACAGGCUGCUCCCAAUGAUUAACCAGGAUGAGUUCAGGAACUUCUCAUAUACAGCGCCAGAAGCCCAGUGUACGUCACAGUAUGGAAAUGCCCGGAUGCUGCAAUGAAACUAGACAGGAAGAGGUUCGCUCCAGACAGCACCAUGAAAACAUGGCUUACGUGCCUUUGUUGGUUUAGUGCAGCUUGAGAAGAUGAAUUAUUUAUUAUGCUGGUACUAUAUCGCCAUGCCCUGAAUGUAAAGCCUCUCCCGGUGUUUGAAGGCAGAAGGCUCCAGCAUUUGACACAUUAAUGAUGGAGGAAGAGUGAAUUUCUCCGGAGCAUUAAACUUCACAUUCUUGCUAAAUCUCAAUUCAUCUAAAGCCGCGCUUGCAAGCAACUUAAAGAGGAUUUACGCUGCAGGCUAUAGCCCUGGUCUCAGAGCUGUGCAUGUGAAUGCUUGAAUGCUUUGCGUGAAGGCAACAUGGUACAUAUUUGCGUGUGACAAUUGGCUAAGGUGAAGCAAUCUUGACCCAACCAGCCACUUCCGACUUGUAGCUGCUGUGCGGUGGGUUAUAUAUUGUGGCCUAGCACAAGAUAAGUUUUGAAAGGUUCAGAAUAGUAAAGAAUGGCAGAAGCAUAAUUAAUAAACAUAAAGUAUACAACUGUUACAAGUUUAAUAAAAACUGACAGAGAAAAUAAACUGACAAUAUCUAUGUGCGGAUGGUUCGUGAAGAUUUGCCAUUUCACAAUGAAGGACAUAAUACUGGUGCAUCUUGAUCUACAAGGCCAAAAUGUCUGGCAAGUGUUGUUUAUAGCUGGAACUGAAGAGGACAGAGAAGAAAGUUGUUGGCAUGUAUCCGAUGCUGGAUGCCAGGCUGUGGAAGUAGGGCACUUACAUAAGAGCACAAGUGUGGGAAAAGCCAAUUCUUGAUGUUUUCCAGUUUCUGAUGCUUCCUUUUUGUAUUGUAACUCUUCAUUUGAAGACUCUAUAGAACCAAAAAAAGCACAAAUAAUGUGAGAUUUAGAAGUCUUAUUACUGUACUUACUGUUGAUAGAUAAGCUAGGAGUUUUCCUAAACUGAAUACCUGAAGAAAUCCUUGAAGGAAAAUGACAUAGUUAUAACUUCUCCCUUCAAUGUAAGACUACGGCGAGAUUUGAGAACUUUGGUGCCUUGAAGUUGAUCCUGUGGCCGAGAUUACCCAAAAUCAUGGUGGGUUAUUUCCUAGAGCCGCAACUCUUCAGGAAGUCCUCUUCAGGACGACCCAUCGAUGUUUCUGGUCACGUGAUCCAUGGCCGUAUCUUAGUUGGUAAUUUAGCCAUAGCUUAAAACGAUAUUGAGUUAUCAAAGAGAUGAGCCAAAGCCUGUAACACAGUCUGCUCCGCCGGCAGGUGUACGACACUUAUAUCAUAGUGUGACUUAUGAAUGUGUGAAUAAAUGCAAUACUUGGAGUUUUUAGAAUAUAUUCUUAGAAAUGAAAUGUAAAACAAAAAAAUAUUAACUUGCUUAUUGUAUUGAACUAUUUUGAC